AUGGAAACAACCCUCACAAAAAGGGAGGUUAUCCCCGAAAAUACAAGUUUCGAGAAAUCAGAAAGAUACCUCGACGAAAAGGAAGAAAGGGCCUCCUUUGCUGAAACCCACAGAGGCACCAGAGAUGAAAAAGAUCUUGACUAUGAGAACGAAGAUUUUGAUAUCCAAAUUGUCAAUCAAAUCGCAAGCACUGAAGAUGAUCCAACAACAAUCGUCUUAACCAUUCGUGCCGUGGUAGUUGGUAUUUUACUUGCAUGUCUUGGAUCCUCUGUCAACCAGUUGAUGCAAUUUAAGCCAGUUGUCAUCACUCUUUCCAACAUGUUCAUGAUGAUCCUCGCUUACCUCAUAUGUAUCGGCUUAUCCCGCUUGUUUAAAUCUGGCACUCUUCUCAAUCCUUCCCCCUUCAAUGUCAAGGAGCACACCUUCAUCUAUGUCAUUGUUUCAACCGCAAAUGCAUCUGCCUACGGUACCAACAUUCUCGGCGCCCAGCAACUUUACUAUUCGGAAUACCCAAGUGCAGCUGGUGGAAUUUUUCUGCUGUUUGCUACUCAGAUUAUCGGUUACGGUAUCGCCGGUCAGCUUCGUCCUUUCCUUGUCUAUCCCUCUCAGAUGAUUUGGCCUACCAGUCUUCCAACCGUUUCUUUUCUCAAGACGUUCAAUACGCCCGGAAAUGAAAACAAAACUCUCAUCAAGUUCUUCUUUACAAUCUUCUUUGUCAUCUUUGUCUGGGAGAUCGUUCCUCAGUACAUGUUCCCGCUCCUCAGUGGUGUUUCGAUUGUCUGCCUUGCCAAGCGUGAUAGUGUUUGGGUCCAGCGUCUUUUCGGUGGUAUAUCAGUCAACGAAGGCCUUGGUAUUGGCUCCCUCAGUUUUGAUUGGUCCUAUCUAUCGUCCUACGCCCCUUUAGUACUCCCUUUAUACGUGCAGUUCAACAUUUAUGGUGGUAUACUAAUCCUGUGGCUCUUGGCCCCUCUUGUUUACUACUGCGACGUAUGGCACGCUAAGAGCUUCCCCUUCUUGUCUAAUGGUUUGUUCCAGUGGGACCCCGAAACCGGCGUUUCCCAACGCUAUCCCCAGAAGCUCGUUCUCGAUGAGCACAACAACAUUAAUCAUACCGCUCUCGCAGAAGUUGGUCGCCCUUACUUCAGUGGUAUAUACGCUAUCCAGUAUGUAAUCAUCAACUUUGGUGUCACGGCCAUGAUCUCCCACGUUGCUCUCUUCUACGGCCCUGAAAUCAAGAAAAUUGCUCUUUCUAUCUUUAAACGCAAGGAUUCUCAAGAAAACGAUAUCCACAACCGCCUCAUGGCUUCCUACAAAGAAGUUCCUUCCUGGUGGUACUACACUAUCUUUGUUUGUGGUAUUGGACUCAACAUUGGCAUUGGUUAUGCUAACAAGAGUCAGCUUCCAUGGUGGGGUUUCUUGCUUGCCAUCCUCUUGUCUACGGCUUUGUCUCUCCCAUUGAAUAUGAUUACCGCCAUUACUGGUAAUGGAUUUGGUCUCAACGUCGUCGCUGAGAUGAUAUGUGGUUUCAUACUUCCUGGUAACGCAGUUGCAAACAUGUACUUCAAGACUCUCGGUUACAACACUAUGAGCCAGGCUGGUAACAUGGCAGCCGAUCUUAAGAUUGGUCACUACCUCAAGGUCCCACCAAGACUUACCUUCCUUGCUCAAAUGAUCGGUACUAUUGUUGGUUGCAUCUUCAACUACAUUGUCAACUAUACCAUUAUCAACUCGAAGAGAGAACAGCUUUUGGAUCCCAAUGGCAACAUCUGGAGUGGUACUGGCCCUCAGACUAUGAACUCUGCUGCUAUUACAUGGGGUGCUAUUGGUCCCAUGUACAUGUUUGGUCCUGAUACCGAGUAUUAUUUCGUUUUGUGGUCCUUCCUUGUUGGUUUUGCUCUCCCCGUUCCUUUCUGGCUUCUCCACAGAUUUUAUCCCAAGAUUGGCUUUAACCUUGUUAACGUACCCAUGAUUAUGAUUGGUCUCUGCGUUGUUCCUGGUGGAAAUACAUCAUGGAUCACCCUGUCCUUCGUCAUUGUUCUUGUCAGUCAGCUUUACGUCAAACGUCGCUACAACAAGUGGUACAUCAAACACAACUACUUGAUGUCUGCCGCUUUGGACUCUGGGUCUUCUCUCAUGUCGUUCGUGUUGGCGAUGUCUGUUUUUGGUGGUGGCGAUGGUGUCAACAGACCUUUCCCUACCUGGGCUGGAAAUAAUGCCGAUAUUCCCUACUACGACUACUGCUGUGCUGACUGCGAGUAA